GAGCCAAAAUCAAAUUCGUCACCGCUGUUUCAGAGGAGGUUUCAGUUCUCAGGCAGGCGCAACUGGAAUGCAGCAGAAGACUUGCAGAGAUACAGACAUCAGUACCCGGAUUUGAUGGAAUCAGAAAAUGAGGGAGAAGAGAUGGUGAACUUAAGGUUUUAUAAAAAUGAGACUCGCUUUUUGCCCCAGGGUUUGUUGAUUGAAACUCUGCUUGAAUCUUGGUGGGACAACUAUGAAGUUCUGGAAGAAAACCAUUCUUACAUACAGUGGCUGUUCCCUUUACGUGAACCUGGGAUGAACUGGCAUGCCAAACCACUCACGUGUCGAGAAAUCCAGGCCUUUAAGAAGUCCAAGGAAGUUAUGCAAAGAUUUAUCCGUGCAUAUCAGCUCAUGCUGGGAUUUUAUGGAAUCAUUCUGAUCAAUGAGGAAACUGGAGAACUCAAGAGAGCAGAGAAUUGGGCUGAACGGUUUCAAAACUUGAACCGGUUCGGCCACAACAAUUUGCGGAUUACUCGCAUCCUGAAGUGCCUGGGGGAGAUGGGAUAUGAACAUUAUCAAGUGCACUUGGUAAAGUUUUUCCUAACAGAAACUCUGGUUAAGGAGACGUUACCAAAUGUCAAGAGAAGUGCCUUGGAUUACUUCCUGUUCACCAUCAGGAGCAAACAGAAGAGAAGGGAACUCGUCCACUACGCUUGGCAACACUUCAGACCUCAAGACAGCUUCGUGUGGGGGCCACACCACAAACUCUUGAAGUACAGACCCCGCUCUGCCAAGUCACAGCUGCACCAAAAGGCUGAAGAUAAACAGGAACCUCCUGGCAGAAAAUGUGAUGAUUCUUUGGAAGAUCAGAACCAGUCUCCAGAGGAGGAACAGGAAGCUGGAGAUGCUGCAAGCUUGCAACCUGAAGUGAAUGAUAAAGAUGUAGAAGAGAAGAUAAGUGAAUAUCCUUUGAAAGGAGGAGGUGAUGAGGAGGCGAAAGAGGCUUUGUUUAUCCAGCAGGAGGAGGAGGAUUUAAACAGCGAGGCUGAAGAAGUGCAGGGUGCAGCAGAGAAUGAUUGCACAAAAGAGAGCAAGAAGAGGAAACUGGAUGCAAAUAUGGUAGAUGCUGACAGUGGACCACUGAAAAGCCCUACUGAUAUUGAAAACAUUUCCCAUAACCUGGGAGAAUGUGCAAUUGAUGCAGAAAUCCCCUCCUCAGCUCCACUCGUAGAAGCAGAAGAGGACAAGGAAACACUGAAGGAAGACAAUGUGAGCACCAAAGACUUGGCAGCGUCGGAGAGCACUGAUGCUGCUGUGAAACGGAGGAAAGUUGAUAAAAGAACACCAAAAAACAGAACAUUCAACUUGGCCAUAAAGCUGAACACGGGGACCUGUGACUCUGGUACCGAGUUAAAUCCAUCUGUUGCUGAGGCUGAAAAUGACAAUGAGGAAAAGGCAGCUGUGGAAGUGGCAAGUGAGAAGAGUGGUGGUGAUGCAGAUGGUGGGGCUGUGGGACCCCCAGUUGAUUCCAGGCUGCCCAAGACUGGCUGGACUUCUCCAGUAAGUGAUGGCUUGGAGUCGAGUGGAGAUCAAGUCACAGCAAGGAGUGAUCAGCACCACUGCAACAGCACUUUCUUGCAAGGCGAAAGUGAGGUAGAUGGGGUAGAACAGCAUCAAAAGGCAGAAAAUGCAAGUGAAAAAGGGCAAGCAGAAGUCACAGGCAAGAAACAACCUCCAGAGAGUCUUAAGCAGAGUGGAGCAUCCACUUAUCCUGAAGGAGACAGUGCUGAGGUUGCAACACACAAACCUGAAAGCUCUGAGUGUGCAGCAGAACCUGACGAGGAGCAGGUAGCAGCAAGUGACACCAGCACGGGAAGCACUUGA